CUUCGCUUUCAGUUGUUGGGAAGGCCCCUCAAAUUUCAUUUUAUUUUGCUCUUCAAACUCCGUCCCCGACAAGCGUUCUCUCUUUCUACGCACCGUUGAAAUCUCAAAUUCGUCCAGCUGAUUCUGCUCUCUAGCUUUGCUUCUAAUGGCUGGGCGCUACGACAAGAACCCCUUUGACGAAGAAGAAGAAGUUAACCCUUUCUCUAAUCCGGGACGUACUGUUCCUGCUGCAAAUUCAAGGCUUUCACCACUUCCACCAGAACCCGUUGAUUUCUAUGAUCGUGGUGCCACGGUUGACAUUCCUCUUGACACGGAAGGACCAAAAUCGCAGGAUUUAAAGAAGAAAGAAAAGGAGCUCCAAGCGAAGGAAGCAGAAUUGCGUAGGAGAGAACAGGAGGUAAAGCGAAAAGAAGAUGCUGCUGCGAGAGCUGGAAUUGUUCUGGAGGAGAAAAAUUGGCCCCCAUUUUUCCCAAUUAUCCAUCAUGAUAUUGCAAAUGAGAUACCAAUUCAUCUACAGAGGGUGCAGUAUGUUGCAUUUUCUACAUUUUUAGGAUUGACUUUGUGCCUUUUUUGGAAUAUCAUUGCCGUCACAACGGCAUGGAUUAAAGGAGAAGCUGUGAGAAUCUGGUUCCUUGCAAUCAUCUACUUCAUAGCAGGGGUUCCCGGAGGAUAUGUGUUGUGGUAUCGGCCACUUUAUCGUGCUUUCAGGACUGAAAGUGCUUUGAGGUUUAGUUGGUUUUUCCUGUUUUAUUUGCUCCAUAUUGGUUUCUGCAUUUUUGCUGCAGUUGCUCCUCCUAUAGUUUUCAGAGGAAAAUCUCUCACAGGCAUCCUUCCUGCUAUCGAUCUCCUCGGUGACCAUGCCUUGGUUGGGAUUUUCUACUUUGUUGGAUUUGGAUUAUUUUGUGUUGAAUCGGUGCUCAGUAUGUGGGUUAUGCAGCAAGUAUACAUGUACUUCCGUGGCAGUGGGAAAGCUGCCGAGGUAAAGCGUGAGGCUGCAAGAGGUGCGAUGAGGGCAGCAAUAUGAAGAACUCUGUGUUACUGGAGAGGAACAUGAGACGACAAGCUCCUGUGUGCAUUUGUAUUUGUAUGUGCUCUAAGCAACAAAUUGACACUAGAAAUAUUGAUUGAUUAAGUCCAGCUUUUGUUACACCUUUCUCAUUUCUUGUUUGGUGCUUUGCUUUUUUUUU